UGUGUCGGUGAACUAGCUUCACUCCUCACACAGGCUUCCUUACGUGCUCUGUAAAACAACCAAACAAUGAACCGACAGAAUAAUGUUCCGUUCAGCCCUCCAGCGGCCCUCCGAGGAGCAGCCGCCGGGUUCGGACCCCCGCAGCCCGGCAGGUACCAUCCGCUCAGAGCCUGUGUGGUCUCUGCAUGAAGCUAAUGUCUGUUCAACGAUUAUUUAUAAUACCUGAAGACUUUAGAGAAGCUAUGAAACACAUCUCAGUGAAACCAGCAGACAACUCAAACAUCAGGUCCUCUGACAUAUCUGCGAAGACCCCACCGGCCCGGAGAGUGCAAUCUUCUGCUCCUAAAUGGAGGUCUUCAUUCAAACCAGUAGGAGAUCAAGAUGACAGCUCUCAGGACAGGAGCACCAGCAGUCCAGAAAGGGUCGAGCUUUAUAAUCCUUACGAUCCCGCCUCGUCAGACUCUGAGCACGAGAUACCACAGCGCCAAGAUCACAACCAUUCCCCACCCGAUCAGGAUAACAACUUGGGACGCCAGCGCUUGUCUCCAAGUAAGGGCUGCCAUAACACAAGCCACUGGGACAUACCCUACUCUGAGCCAGAGAGCCUACCCCUCGACAGGCAUGACUUCAGCCAUGAAACCAGACCCACCGAGAGUCGAGGUCUCAGUCCAGGUCAUAGGCUGCCUGAGCGACGGGCUUAUAGCCCAGACACUGAAUCACUUGACCCACCGGGUUAUGGCUCCAUGAGUAGACCUCUGGACCACAGGGUCUGCAGCCCUGACAGACUUAUUCAAGGCUCCUCCAACCAGCGGUUUUCUGCACCUUAUGGAGGACAGAGGACCAACGGGGAGGAGAGGAUAACCAUCUCAGAAUACAGGAGAGAGAUGACCACUACUGUUAGACUAUCUCCACCCAGGUUACAGCAGGACUAUCAACAUCAGUUGGGGUACGUGGAAAGGGGACUUGAUGAAAUCACACCUUCCACAGAAGUGACAAGAAACAGGAGCCAAAAUAUAAUAAUGGAGAAGAACCCCAUCACCUGUGACCUUUGUGAUGUUGAGCUAGCCAAUGGUCAGGAGCUGCAGGAUCACUUGGAGAGCAAGACUCACUGGGACACCCUGGAGCACAUCCAACAGGAGAAUAAUUACGACGAUCUGGCUAUAGCUUUUCUACAGGAAGUCAUGCUGUAUAAAAGUCGUCAGUGCAGCCGAGCCAUAGAGGAUAGUGUACUUCAAGCUCUGCAGGAAAAUGACCACAUGACAAAGAUUGAAAUGUUCCACUGUGCAGCUUGCAACGUCUACUUAUACACAUCUGCAUCCUCAGUGCAGACUCACAUUACCUCUCAGGAACACCUCUCCAACACAAAGGAGUUUGAAGUGCGGCAGAGACGUACUUGCCUCAACAAAGCAGAAACCAUGAUGAAGGAGCUGAAACCUCAGUUUGAACACUUCCUGCAGGUAUUUUGCAAGAGUGAACAUUUCAAAAGUAUUCGAACACAACUAAUGGCAUCAUGGAAAACAUGUUUAUAAGAACAGAGUAAAUCAAAACACAGGGAGGAACUUUCUUAAUAAAUAUUCCCUUGAAUGAUUAAUUUGGGCACCUUAUUUGGUUCCCUCUUAAGUAAUAUUUCAAGAAUUACAUAAUUAACUUCUUCUUCUUAUAAGUCGAUAUAAUACCGAUUUUAGAGGGGAAGAAUUCACUGAUUACCGGGAACAGUUUUCAUAUUGGCUCAUAUAGGAUGACAUAUACACCAAUACAAUACAAAUAUGUCUGCGACAGGCCAUUAUCAAUAUAUUGGUCGGGCUCUAAUCAAUUGGAUCUGUUUACUAAUGCAAAUAAAAAUCUAUUCCAAAUGGGGGAGGUUGGGUUUGUAGCCAAUGGCCAGUCACAUGCAGCAUUAACACAUCUUCUUAACGGAUACUUCUUAUAUGUCACCAACGCAAAAAUAUAACAAUGUAAGUACACAAUCUGAUAAUAACUAGUAAAACAUAAUCAAUAAUCAAAUAUUAUUAGGUAAUUCACUACUGUCAACAUUUUCAACACAAAUUGUUUUGUUGUGUGGAUAAGGAAAGCAAACAUCAACCAUUUGUGCUCUUGUGUCUCAAGAGGAACAGACUGUUGUAUGAAGUGAAACAUUAUAACAGGUUAAAGUAACACGGUACAUCUUAAGUAAGGUGAGAUUGCAUUUCUUCCUCUAUUCUAUGUGGUUAUUACAUUGAAUACAGAGGACAGCAAACAACUCUUUCCAAAUCUACCAAAAAUGUAUUAAAGUAAAACAUAUUGUAUGGAUUAACUCAAUGAAUGCAUUUGUCUAUCUUAUUAGUAGCACCAGCAAAUAGCAGCCUGCAAGGCUACUAGUAAUUACUGUGAAGAUUGAGCUCUACAGGUGCAGCUUUAAGACUCCUUCUUUUC